UGCGCAUGACGUCAUCCCCUUUGGCCGCGUGGACGCCGAAUGUUUGUUUUCCUGCGGUCACUGCUCUUCCCUGGUGAAACCCCCCGGAUCGGGCUGGGCUAUAGUGCUCCGGUCUGAGUCUCGCCCCUGCCACUGGCUCACUUUGUGACCUCGAACAAAUCUCUCAACCUCCUUGAGCCUCAGUUUCCCCAUCUGUAUAAUGAAAAGGGUCGAUUCCGUGAAAUCUGAAGUCCCAGAUUUCAGUCCAGUCCCCAAAGUCCAAUCCCGCUCUAAGGUCUUUCUAGCUCCAAGAGUUAAGGGGGGGAUAGGCCUUUUCCCUGCCAGAAAGCUAGAAGGUGUCCCUCUUAGGGCUGACCUCAUCACUUGGUGCAAAGUGAGCGCCUUGGUGGGGAACGACUCACUCAGACCCAAGCAGGCGCUUCAUGCAUGUUCGUGGGUUACGUCUCCCAGACCCAGCAGGCCUUGGGACACAGUGGUUGUCCUGCCCCUAAGCGCCCACGGGAAGCCACCUUUAGCACACGUGAGACUGCCCGAAGAGGAGGGGUAGAUUUCGUGGUGGGGGUUAGGGAGCACAGGUAGGGAUACAGAAGGCAUCUUACUUCCCUAGGAAGAAUGUUGGAUUUGGAGUCAGGACCUAAGCCCAAAUCUCAGCUCUCCAGCUUGCUAACUGGACAAAUCACUCUGUGGGCCUUUGUUUUCUCGUCUGUAAAAUGGCAGACCCAUUCCAAUGCUAAAGCUAUGCUUCCGGACCCACUAUCCCGACAGGAGGCAUGAUUCUCUGGCGGGCAUACCAGCAAGCACUGGCUGCUCACCCAUGGAAGGUUCAGAUUAUCACGGCUGGUUCCCUGAUGGGGAUAGGUGAUGUCGUCUCUCAGCAGCUGAUUGAGAAACGGGGUUUAGAGAAGCACCAGGUCCGAAGAACCCUGACUAUGGCUUUCAUAGGCUGCAGCUUUGUGGGCCCUGUGGUAGGUGGCUGGUACAGGGUUUUGGACCGACUUAUCCCUGGCAACACCAAAGUGGAUGCACUGAAGAAGAUGGUAAUCGAUCAGGGGGGCUUUGCCCCAUGUUUUUUGGGGUGUUUGCUCCCAGUGAUUGGAACACUUAAUGGAUUAUCAGUCCAGGACAACUGGGCCAGACUGCAGCGGGAUUACCCUGAUGCCCUCAUCACCAACUAUUAUAUUUGGCCUACUGUGCAGUUGGCCAACUUCUAUCUCAUCCCUCUUGUUUACAGGUUGGCUUUUGUCCAGUGUGUUGCUGUUAUCUGGAACACCUACCUAUCCUGGAAGUCGCAUCAAUCCUGACUCUUCUCAUGCCCCCCACCUUGGAGCUGUACUUCUGGACAGGGAUGGGUUCAGAUGUCUUCAGAGCACUCCCAGAUAGUUUUCAGGAUGCCAUCCACUGGACAGAAAGGACUUCUGGGAUGGAACACUGAAAUGAAUCAGUUCCCCCUGUGAAAUGUAAAUAAAUGGUACAACUUUGCAGGUAGUUUUAGAAAAAGAAAAUUGAAUGUAUCUUGCUUCCCUUGCUACUAUUAUAUGCAGUCUUUGUCUGGUUCUCUGCUCAUCUCUUCCUAACCCAUCCCCCUCCAACGGGAUUCACCCUAGACCUUCACAGAUGCCUCUACCUUAACCAAAUGGCAGAGAUAAUUGAUAGUGUUUGUGGCUCUGAACACAAAAUACGGUUCCAACAGAAACUUAAUCAAAGGCCUGUGGUGCUGUUUAGUAUUCCAUCCUACUCUUUAGUCCUCCCUGACCUGGGGAAAAAUUGUUAGGCUGAAGGCAGAACUCAGCACCUAUUCUUUUCCCACCCUUCUUCCCUGGUUUAAGAAUUAAAAAACAAUUGGUAGAUCA